AUGAAUCCGACUCAAUGGUUGCUGUUAUGCUGCUUCGUAGCUUUUAUGGUACAUACUUCACAAGCUUGGGAUUGUUACGAGACAUGGAGCCGUUGUACACGCUGGUCCUCACCAGCGACUGGUAUUCUUUGGCAAGAUUGUAACAGUUAUUGCCAAGGUUGCUACAAUGCAGCGAGUGGAACUUGUCGCAAGGUAAAAACUACAAAGUGUCUUGGAAAGACGAUUGAAGCAUACCAAUGCCAAUGUUCAGGAAAGUGGAGUGUUUUACUUCUUGGUUUUUUGUGUCUCGCAUCGAAUUCUGUCCAAGGAUCGGCUCGUUGUCGUCGAGCGGUAUCAACAUGCAUUUUGACACCUGAAACAACUGAAGGCCCAUAUUCAUGGAACACAACUAUGAUGCGUCAAAAUAUCUCAGAAGAUCGUCCAGGCAUUCCAUUUCGAUUGUAUCUCACAGUCAUGAACAUCAAUACAUGUGAGCCAAUCGUAAAUGCAGCGGUGGAAAUUUGGCACUGUGAUGCACUUGGUAUCUACUCACAUUAUAUUCAAGCUAGUAACAAUGUACAAAAUCCUAAAACUGACAACUCCACCUAUCUUCGAGGUAUGCAAUUAACCAAUGCGAGUGGUGUUGCUACGUUUGAUACCAUCUAUCCCGGUUGGUAUACCGGUCGGGCCACACAUAUUCAUGUUCGUGUUCAUCUCAAUGGAGUGUAUGUCACAUCUACUGGAUACUAUUCCGACGGAAGUCUUGUGAAAACUGGUCAAUUAUUUUUUAAUGAUUCAUUGACAGAUUUAGUUGCACAACAAUCACCUUAUUCAACUCAUACAAUUACACGUACAUUAAAUAGUGUUGAUACAAUUUACCAAAGUAGCACAAUUACUUUGAUGGAUAUUCAAUAUGUCAGUUCAGCAGCGGGAUUAUCAGGUGGUAUGGUUACAUCAGCUACGCUAGGUGUGUCAUCGUCAUCGACGUCAUCAUCAACAACAACAAAAGCAUCCGCAAGCACAACUACUGCACGAGCAUCCAGCACAACGACCGCACGUACAUCCAGCACGACUACUGCACGAACAUCAAGAGCAACAACGACUACGAAACGUUCACAAACGGGUGGAGCGAAUAAUUCUAAUCGACCAUGGUGGCAAUUCUUCGGCUAA